AUGCUCCGAUCAAUCCCUCUUAGAACCGCCGCGCGUGCGGUACGCCAAAAGUCGAGAUGCUCUACACGCCAAAUCUCCCCAUCACCGGCGUCUGCGAGCAUGGGAAUGGUACGAAAAACGCCUGGGGAGACAAGAUCACAAACCACCGCCGCCACAGCUUCCUCGACGAAAACAGGAGAAAGCCCGUCUUCUGCCUUCGACACAGCUGCUACACCCGAGAACCCUUUACAACACUCCCAAAAGAAUGGUCGGUCACAUUCAGAGAUGGAUGAGUCAUUUAUCGGGAAGACUGGUGGCGAGAUUUUCCACGAGAUGAUGUUAAGACAGGGCGUCAAGCAUAUCUUUGGAUAUCCUGGUGGUGCCAUUCUCCCUGUAUUUGAUGCCAUCUAUAACUCGAAACAUUUCGAGUUCAUUCUUCCAAAACAUGAACAAGGUGCUGGACAUAUGGCUCAAGGAUAUGCGCGAGCUUCAGGAAAACCCGGCGUGGUUCUUGUUACUUCAGGUCCCGGUGCAACGAACGUUAUUACGCCGAUGCAAGAUGCCCUCUCCGAUGGGACUCCCAUGGUAAUUUUUACCGGUCAGGUCGUCACAACCGCCAUUGGAAGCGAUGCCUUCCAAGAGGCUGAUGUCAUUGGUAUCUCGAGGGCAUGCACAAAGUGGAAUGUGAUGGUCAAGAACGUAGCGGAGCUACCAAAGCGGAUAGCGGAGGCCUUCGAGAUUGCUACGAGUGGAAGACCCGGACCUGUCCUGGUGGAUUUGCCCAAGGAUGUUACGGCUGCUGUUCUCCGGAAAGCUAUUCCGACGGGUAGUACAAUCCCAUCUCCUCCCAGCCAAGCCUCGAAGAUAGCUCAAGCCCACAUCAGACAACAGCUCGAGGCGACCGUCAGCCGUGUGGCAAACUUGAUCAAUAUUGCCAAGAAGCCAGUGAUAUAUGCUGGACAGGGUGUCAUCUCCCUCCCGCAAGGACCCCAGCUCCUCAAAGAGCUUGCAGACAAGGCUUCUAUUCCCGUGACGACGACUCUCCAAGGACUUGGUGGAUUUGAUGAGCUUGACCCCAAGUCUCUCCAUAUGCUCGGUAUGCACGGCUCUGCCUACGCCAACCUGGCCAUGCAGGAGGCCGAUCUCAUUAUUGCUCUUGGGGCACGUUUCGACGAUCGUGUCACAGGAAGCAUUGUCAAGUUCGCUCCUCAAGCCAAGCUCGCAGCAGCUGAGGGACGUGGUGGCAUCGUGCACUUUGAGAUCAUGCCCAAGAACAUUAACAAGGUUGUUCAGGCUACCGAAGCCGUAGAGGGCGAUGUUGUGGACAACCUUGCCCUCCUCAACCCCCUCGUUGAGGCCAAGAGCAUGACUGACCGCAAAGACUGGUUCGACCUGAUCAACUUCUGGAAGGAGAAGUUUCCGCUCAGCAAAUACGAGAAAGCCUCGCGCACUGGCCUCAUCAAACCUCAGACCCUUAUUGAAGAGCUCUCAAAUCUUACUGACCACCGCAAAGAGGACACCAUCAUCACUACUGGUGUCGGCCAACAUCAAAUGUGGACUGCUCAGCAUUUCAGAUGGCGCUACCCCAGAACUAUGGUUACUUCCGGUGGUCUCGGAACGAUGGGUUACGGCCUCCCUGCCGCUAUCGGUGCAAAGGUUGCCAAGCCAGACGCUCUCGUCAUCGACAUUGACGGCGACGCUUCCUUCAAUAUGACUCUCACAGAAAUGUCCACUGCUAAGCAAUUCAACAUCGGCGUUAAGAUUAUCGUCUUGAACAACGAAGAGCAAGGCAUGGUCACGCAAUGGCAAAAUAUAUUCUACGAGGAUAGAUACGCACACACCCACUCUGAGAAUCCUAACUUCAUGAAGCUGGCCGAUGCUAUGGGUAUUCAGGCUAGACGAUGCGUCAAACCGGAUGAUGUCAGGGAUGCGCUCAAGUGGUUGAUUGAGAGUGACGGCCCGGCUUUCUUGGAAGUCGUUACGGAUAGGAAAGUGCCUGUUUUGCCCAUGGUGCCUGCUGGCAGUGGACUCCAUGAGUUCUUGUUCUUUGAUGACACCAAGGACAAAGAGCGCAGAAAGCUAAUGGCCGAGCGCACAGGCGGUAAACAUGGAGGCGACUGA